AUGGAGUCAAAACAGGAGGACCAUGAGCCUUUUCUCGGCUUUCGAGACGACCCCAACAAGCGAAUCUCCAACGAACACGAAGAGAUGGACAAUGACAGCUCCCGCCGACAACAACAAGCUCUAAGAACAUCACGCCCUGGCCGACUUCUUCGAGACGUGCUCGUUUGCCUCGCAACAUCCCUCUUAUGGGUCGCAGCGUUCUACCUUCUGGUACCCAAUUCUCUGAACAGACACACGGGCGGCAACGUUACCGACGGAGAAGGCGGGGGAAACCGAACUCCAACGUCCAGUGAUUACAUCGCUGCUUUUCACAAUGUCACUACCAAUGCCGAAUUCAUCUCUUGCGGAAAUUCCACAGUUGAGGCGAAGAAGAUGGGUUGCAAGUACGAUACCUUGUUAAACUAUUGGGUUCCGUCACAAUGCUACGACCGGGAGUUCGAAACGGAAUACAAGGAUGACGAUAGCUGGAAUGCUUUCGCGGACCAAAACUUAACACAGCCCAUAGCUGCGGAAGCAAUGGGUGACCAAGAAGUCUACUAUACUUCGAUUCGGGACCAUCUCAAUCACUGUUCAAUGCUAUGGAAAAAACAAUUCUGGACUCUUUUCGAGGAACGAACCGUAUUUGAUGCGAUAAUUGUCAACUCGUUCCAUACGGAGCAUUGUGCCGACUUUCUCAAAGAUAUCUACGGAUCAAAUCGAACCGAAGCGACGCUCGUCAGGGUUGGAUUCUCAGGGUGCUGGGUCCGAAGUAAUAGCAAUGAGGUAUAA